GAGAGAGAAUGUACUAUGUGUAGAACAUCUUAGUUAAAGGUUGUGAUAUGUGUAAGAUAUCAAUCUACUAUCAACACUAGCAGUUUUGUCUGUUUGUGUCCGCAUAUUUAGCUCUUGGUCGUUCAGGGCCGUGUGUUCCGUAUCUAAGCGCAGAGCAGCAGUGUGUGUGUGUGUGUGUGUGUGUGUGUGUGUGUGGGAUGGGCAGCUGCAGUCGCGUUAAAGAGAGACUGGUCGAGCUCGAGCUGCUCAUCCACACACUGCCAGUGUGAUGUCACGCGAGGACAGAGAGAACGCGCUGAUCUCCACAUCCACGACCCGGCGAAAGGACGAGGACAUGUACUAGAGGACCCAUAAUGAAUCCCACUGAGAUGGAGACGUCAGGGCCAGGUGUGAGCCGACACAUUCGCACAGUGAAGAGGAGAAGGUGGGGAAGACUGAGGCAGCAAUGGAAACUGCUGGGUUUGUUUGAGAUCGACCAGCAGCAUGAGUUCUACAGUCUCACCUGUAUGAUGAAGGAAGGGCUGUGUGCCGCUGUGCAGAACACCAUUGACAACCCUUUACCUGAUGAGCUUUCUGAGGAUGACUAUACUCUUGAAGUUACUCAAAUCCAUAAGGACUUCAGGAUGGAGACGUAUGCUGGGCCGGUGUUUGCCAGUCUGCGGCGCUCCCUGGGGAUGACAGAGAAGGAAUAUCAGCAGUCCCUCUCUUCUGAAGGCAGCUACCUGCAAUUCAUCAGCAAUUCCAAGAGCAAGGCAGACUUCUUCCUAACUAAUGACAAGCGGUUCUUUUUAAAGACACAGAGUAAAAGAGAAGUGCGAUUUCUCUUGUCUAACCUGAGAAUCUACAUGGAACAUCUGGAGAAGUAUCCACACUCUCUGCUUGUCAAAUUUUUAGGUGUUCACAGGAUCAAAAUAGCACAUCAGAGGAUGAAGUACUUUAUUGUGAUGCAAAGUGUCUUUUACCCUGAUGACAGAAUCACAGCGAGGUAUGAUAUAAAGGGCUGUGAGGUGAGCCGGUGGACAGACCCAGCCCCUGAAGGCAGCCAGAUCAUUGUUGUUUUGAAGGAUCUUAAUUUUGAAGGACAGUUCAUUCAGUUAGAUCACCAACGCCCUUGGCUCCUGCGUCAAGUGGAGAUUGAUUCUGCCUUUCUUCAGACGCUCAAUGUGUUGGACUACAGCCUCCUGCUUGCCCAUCAGCCCCUGCACCAGGAUGAACUCACCCAGAGUCUCUCUUUCACAACACUCAUCACGCGUGCCAAAAAAUCCUUCUCUUUCUUCUCCAAACGGCCAUUGGCAGGCAGGUCAGUAAAUGCAACAUCCAGUCCUACACAUGCCACUUCACCAACUGUUCCCGGGGUGGUGGCCGAGGAAGACUCCACACUCCUCUCCUCAGAAUUAAAUACAACACAAUGUCACGUAACAGAAAUGCACAGUGGCAAUGGUGCAACGGACAUCGCAAGUCCUGAGGAAGACAAAAUUGAGCAACAAAGUAGGGUGGGAACAGAGUCAGCCGAUCUACAAACGUUCCAGGCCCAGAACCGGAGAUUGCUUCCUAACUUCAAAAACCCGCUUCAUGUCAUUGAUGGACCAGAUCAGCGUUACUUCAUUGGGAUAAUUGACAUCUUCACUGUUUAUGGUUUCAAAAAGAGGCUUGAGCAUCUGUGGAAAAGACUGAGACACCCACGUCAAACAUUCUCCACAGUCAGUCCUCCAGCUUACUGUCACAGGCUGUGCCAGUGGGUUCAGGACCAUACCAAAUAAAAUAAGAGAGCUGGGAUGACAGAUGGACCCACUGUUCGCACACCUGACUCAUACGUACCUCAUUAUGUAAACACUGUGGAAUGGAUCUGAAUGUACAUUUGAGGGUGAACAUUUUUAUAGCUUUUUGUUUGAAUAAAGACAAUGCUAAUGCAAGUACUUGUUAAAACACUGUAGUUUAUGAAAUAUGCUAAAGUUAAAAGUUGUAUUCAUUUAAAAUUAUGUAACAGCACAAUGAUGGUGCAUAGGGAUGAAACAUUAUGAAAACAUGAAUAAGAGCAAAGGAGAGUGUAACUUUUGAUUUAAGCAUGUUUUCAUAAUUGAAUAAUAUAAUACUGCUUACAUAUAUCCCAUUUAUUGAAAAGUACAUUGUUACCAUUUGAUUGCCAGCUGUCCAGACAGAAAGGCUUUUGAGACUUACAACUUAUCAACAAAAGCAGGGUCACUUCUUUCCUACUGUCUGUCACGUAACUGUUAUGUGGAACUACACAAGUGGGCAUUCAAAUGCUUUCAGAAAUAUUUAUGCACUAUAAUAAUAAAAAAGAAUGUUUGAUA